AUGAGUGUACAAACCAUAAUGUCAUUGGCACUCUUAACAUGGACAAUGGGAAAUGCCAGUCCUAUGCAAAAGCCUGAAGACGUAAUGGACAACAAUUUUUCUCCGGCCACAGUAAAGAGUAUUGUGGAGACAGAGGCAGUGGAGGAGGUGAUGGAGACUGGAGAGCUGAACCCUAAUCACUACCCAGCACAGAGGGCCGCCAGGGCAGUCCAACACUACAUCAACACCCGCUAUGGCUCCCCAUUUAAAGUGUUUAUGGUCAAGAAGGUCCACAGUGGAAAUGCAGAGGAUAUGAACAAUGUUGGAAGAAAGUAUCAGUUGGAGAUCUCAGUUCAAGAAAUAAUCAGUAAUAGCACCCACAAAUGCUCUGCUGAGGUGUUAUUUCCAAGGGGAGAAAGACAAGGAGUAUCUGAAGUCAGUGUGUCAUGUGAGGAGCUUGGAACACUUAAUACAAUAAAAGAUGAUGAAGCAUUAUAUGAAAAACUGAAGACAAGGGAGAGCAUGCUGAUGGCACAGAGCUUGCCUGAUAGUUACGGUCACAUAGAGCCAGACAUGAAGCCUCUUUGGCACCUGGGAAUUGUGGCGUCCAGUUUCAUCAUGCUGAUGGAAUCCACUGAAAAUACACUCUAUAACAUGGCUCAGGUUGGCAAUGUCACACAACUGGCCACCGACACAGAUGAGCUGAAAUUUGACUACUUGAUACUACUUCAUGAUAUGGUGUCACAGGAAAUAAUUCGUUGGAAAUUGCAGAUCAGCUGGUCGCCUCUGGAGGGAGUUAAAGUACAACAGAUGGAAAAAAUGCCCCACUGUCAUGAAUGUAAAAAGCCACCAAAUACAGAAUGAACUUGUGGCAAAAUUAUUCUGUGUUUGAUGAUUAAUAUGGAUGUCUUGGCUGUGUUGGACAUCAUAUCACAUAUAUUAGCAAAUGACAGUUAACACUGAGCGAGAAGAAAUGUACUUACGUCACAGGGCUGGUGAUUGUCUCUCUGAAUGCAACUUUAGGCUUCCCCAUCGCACACGGACAAUUGUAUUCCCGUUCCAUUCUCUGAAACAGAAAAUCUGUCAUCAGAUUGCUGGAGGCAAAUUGGUUUAAAUGCAACAAAAGUGUUAAGAUUACCUGUGAGUAGAUUUCUAAAUGCAGCUCCCCCAUGCCUGAAAUAAUAGUCUCUUUGCUCUCUGUAUCGAAAUGCACUCUAAAUGUAGGAUCUUCUCUGGUGAAACGGUUAAUGCCUUUGGAGAAUUUAUCCAGGUCAUUCUAUUACAGAGUGUAGAAGAUGUAACUAUGAAACCUUUUUGCUGUUGGUUUAAAAAAUGGUUCAAAUAAAGGACUAUACCUUG